CAUCAUGGCUUUACGUGCUCAAUUUGAGAAUAACAACGAGAUUGGUGUCUUUUCUACGUUAACCAACUCGUAUGCUCUUGUCGCCUUAGGCGGAUCUGAAAACUUUUACAGUGUUUUUGAGGCUGAGUUAGGCGAUGUGAUCCCUGUCGUGCACACUACUAUUGGUGGUACUCGUAUUAUCGGUCGUUUAACUUGUGGAAACAAAAAUGGUCUUUUGGUACCUUCUUCAACCACAGAUAAUGAACUUCAACACAUUCGCAAUUCCCUUCCUGAUUCCGUAAAGAUUCAACGUGUUGAUGAGCGUCUCUCUGCGCUUGGUAACAUUGUUGCUUGUAAUGAUUAUGUUGCUCUCGUUCACCCAGACAUUGAACGUGAAACUGAAGAAAUUAUCGCUGAUGUCUUGGGUGUCGAAGUUUUCCGUCAAACAGUCGCUGGUAAUGUCCUUACCGGAUCUUACUGUUCUUUAAGCAACCAAGGUGCUUUGGUUCAUCCUCGUACUAGUAUUCAGGAGCAAGACGAACUUUCUUCCUUGCUUCAAGUUCCUCUUGUUGCUGGUACCGUCAAUCGUGGUUCGGAUGUCAUUGGUGCUGGUCUUGUUGUUAAUGACUGGUGUGCUUUUGCUGGUUUGGAUACCACAGCAACCGAAUUGGCUGUUUGUGAAUCUAUCUUCAAACUUCAAGAUGCACAACCUUCCGCCAUUAUCAGCAAUAGAGAUACCCUUGUAGAAUCCUACACUUAAAAGGUUAUGUAAAAGUUCUAUAAAAAAAGAAAAAUAAUUAUAGAAUCAUUUAGUCUAUUGUUCUUUUUUUUUUUCGUCCUGAUCUUUAUUUUCUUAUGUAUUCUAAGUGUAAUUUCUUUAUCAUUGCGUUUCUAAAUCAUUAUUGAGAGUUUCAGUUUACUACUACUACUAACGACGUAAAAUAUUAUAAUAGAGAUAAUAAAAGUAGGUCAUUAUUAAGGA